CCCCGAGAGGCAGACGGCUGUCCCUCGGUACCAGGGGCAUCCAGCUGUGUUUCUAGAACUGACAGCCUGCCAUGGCUGGCCCCAGCAUCUGGAACCGCCUCAAGUCGGUCCUGAGAAAGAACAAUGAUUCCUUGUUUCUGAACGACUGCAAUGCUUUUGAUUUUUCGGACGAGAUCGGGGAGGAAGAUUUCCCCCGGUUCAAGAAACUCCAAGUGGUGGUUUCGGACGAUGCAGCCGACACUUCUGCCAACGGGGCCUACGUGGGACCUCACUCCGACGAUGAGUCCUUGCUGGACAGGGACAUUGCCUUGCGAAAUGCUGUGGCCGGACCCCCGACGGACCCUUGUAACAAUUGUACCCAGCAAAGGGAACUGUUAAAACAAAGGAAGGUGAAGAGGCGGUUGGCUUUAGCUGCAAUUCUCUAUCUUCUCUUUAUGACGGGCGAGCUUGUAGGUGGAUACAUUGCCAACAGUCUAGCUGUCAUGACGGACGCGCUUCACAUGCUAACAGAUCUCAGCAGCAUUAUUUUGACGAUUCUCGCUUUGUGGCUCUCUGCAAAAGCUCCCACCAAAAAGUUCACCUUUGGAUUCCAUCGAUUAGAGGUUUUGUCUGCCAUCUUCAGUGUAUUGUUGAUUUACAUCCUAAUGGUCUUCCUCUUAUACGAAGCCAUUCAACGAACCAUCCACAUGGACUAUGAAAUUAACGGGGAUGCGAUGCUUAUCACCGCAGCUAUUGGAGUAGCAGUAAACCUCAUAAUGGGCUUUCUGUUGAGCCAGUCUGGUCACCUACACUCCCAUUCGCACGCGCCUUCACCUCUUCCUCCGCCCGGCUCUUCCGCAGCAGCCCCUGGCCACUCUCAGAGUCAGGGCCACGGCAGCUUGGCUGUGAGAGCUGCGUUCGUCCACGCCCUGGGAGACUUGGUGCAAAGUAUCGGCGUGCUUGUGGCUGCGUACAUCAUUCGAUUCAAG